CUUGCUUUGGCGGUUAAAGGGAACGAGCAAAUUUAGGAGGCCUAAACAUCAGAUCAGAUCAAGAUGAGAUAGAUAUUAUUGAUUUAUAGGGGGAUCAAGGAUCAUAGAGUACUCAAGUGUAGUUGCAAACGGGCUAAAAGAAUUCAUGCGUUCAAGUUUGGCACCACAUUGUUGACAAGUUUACAAGUCAAGUCAAGUCAUUAUUAAUUGGUGAUACAAGUACGACAAGAAAGGAUAGGGGCAGGGCGCAUUUGGGCAGCUAACGGAUUUGGCUUGUCUGGCAAUGGGAGGGGAGACAGAAUUAGUGGUUGAAUUUCUUGAAAUUGCUAUUACAUCAGUCGUCUUCCUCAAAGGAAUAUAUCCUGCAGGUGCUUUUGAAAGAGGGAGAUACAUGAAUAUAUUGGUACAUAAAGCUCGACACCCCCAACUUAAGCACUACAUUCACCAUUCCCUGAAUCAACUUGUUCCUCACUUCCAACAGGGAUUGGUUGAGAGAAUCGCAGUAAUUUUUUUCAGCGACGAAAAAAUUCCAAUGGAGAAAUUCUUGUUCAAAAUUGAUAUGAACCACUCUAAUAAGUCUUAUGAGCAGAUGAUGGAACAUGCAGAACUGGAGUUGUCCCUCAGAUCAUUUUUGAUCAAGCUCUCUCAAUCAGAACCUCUUUUUAAGACUGUUGUAUCUCAAGAUUUGAGGUGGGAAAUAACAGCUUACUUUUCCUCUCCUCCGGGUGAUAAUGUCGAUAUGUGGGUUCCAACACAUAUAAAGCAGUGGAAGCAACCUCCAAUAAUAACACCCAUUAAGUCCAUGAAUAUUGAGCCAUUGUCUGUACAACUAUAUAUAGAACACCCAACUGUUUUGGAAACCUAGCCUAAAACCUGUAACACUGGAGACGCGGCAUCAAAUGCAUUAACUGUUAACCAGUGUACUUUGAACAGUUUGUUUGCUUAUGUAUCAAGUUUCAAGUAGGAGAGAGUGAACUGCUAUCCAAAAGUAUAAAGUUGCAUCGGUAGUGUGCAAGGGCUGCUGGAUAAAUCCCUCUGUUAUCUUCUUUUGGCAUUCCUAUUCUCACACUUAGUGCAAUUUCUUCUCUUUUCUUUUCAUCUUCGUUGUACUAGAUUUAGCCAGAGUAUAGUUUGUAAACUAGUGGAUCCGUAACUUACAAGGGUUAUAAUAUCGUACUGGCCAUCUUUAUUAUUAAAUGCAAAAUAUGAUUCUGAUGUGAAAA